GCUGAAGGUCCUGUUUCCCAAUUGGUUCUUAAUCGAUAUCGGCCAAUGAUCUGGGUGGAAUAGGCGGGACUUCCAGCCCAUAUCCCCACCUCUCCCCCAGGCAGGCUAGCCAACUCUGAGAGGAAGAUGCUUCGGAGAGAGAAAGAGCCACUAGCCCUAUGAGAUCUAGGGCAGAGUGGCCAUCAGCCACUUCCCUGACUGGGCCUGAGCUAGCAGACAGGAGAUUAGAAACCCAACUAAGCUGAGGGCAGAUUUAGGGUGUUGAGCUGGGAGUGAAAAGGAGGGCAUGAUAGCCGAGGAAGGCUUAGAAGAGCCCGGCCAUUGAGCUAAAGCAUUUAAAAAAUAAGAUUGUGUGUUUCAUCUGCAGAUUGGAGGGAACCUGGGUGGGGCUGGUAGCACGGUCCACCUGGAACUUAAAGCCAGGCAGUAGGAGCUACUUGCUGCACUACACCUUCCUCAGUGGCCUCACAGUGGUGGACAUGGAGGACCUGCUAGAGGACAUUCAGGUACACAUGGAGCUAGAGCAGGGCAAGAACGUGGACUUCUGGCAAGACAGUACAACUAUUACUGAGAACGAGACUGCCAGGCCCCCAGGCCCGGCAAGCUGGCGGCCUCGGGCAAAGGGCCAGGCGAGUGCCAAGAGGGGAUCAACGCAAAGACAUAUGACCAGCUGCAGGUCAUCUUCCAGAGCAUUGAGGGGAAUAUCCAUGCUGGCGACCCCAACUUCGCCAUGGACUACUGGGAGAGCCUGCUUCAGCAGUUGCCUGCUCACAUGGCCAGGGCUGGGCUCCGCCAAGCGCCAACAGAAUGCUCUUUGGCAGAAACUGUUCAAACCAAAGCAGGAACAGGGCGUGCUGUUCUCAAUUCUCAAGUCUGAGCUUGAGGAGUUGCCCCCCAGCUCUGGGCCUUCAGUGGACCCUGUGGAACCCGAGGGGGCUCCAGCAACCCGGGGAGGCAGCCCACCGGUGAAGUAGUGCUGAUGGAGGAGGACCUGAUCCAGCAGAGCCUGGCAGACGCCAAUAUAGGGUGGUACAGCCCAUGGCUGCUCACAGUGAGCCGCCUGCUGGACACGCAUCUGCUGGAGCCUUAAGAGGGCCUUCAGCGCCUGCAAGGGUCGCACCAGCAGCUCCAGGCCACAGGCAGCGCUGGCGAGAAUGCGAGGGCAGGAUGAGGCACAGUUCAGCCAGGAAGUGUCGCUGGGUAGCCCGUGCCUACAAGUGGGCGAAAGCCACGCUUCUUCAACAGCCUGUACACGGCUUCGAGUGGAACAAGUACAACCAGAUGCGUUAUCUUUUGAACAGUCCAACGCUCAAGACGGUGUAGGGGUAAGCAUUCAACAGCGACUUUCACCUCAUGCAUAAGCAAGCCACGCCCAAGUACUUCCCAGAGGCCUGCCUCGGAAAGCCCAUCUCCAUCCUGGGUCAACGCGCUAGCACUCCCUCCUGGGACGUUGCCUUCAAGAUGAUCAGUUGUGAGUGGGAGUAUUCACACCGUCCAGGCUCCCUCUGCUAGUUCUCAGCGGCACCUUCCAGCUCUGGUGCUACUUCAAGCGCUACUGCUACCAGCAGGUGAUGUCCCUGCUGGACUUUUGGCUUCCUGGACAGUUCCAGUGUUAAGGUUUGUUCUGUUGCUGUGUAUUAUAAUGCUAAAUACUGGCCUGGAAGGUCUGGCUGCUGUAGGCAUACAUUUUUUUUUUACCACAUAAUAAACACUAAUAAACGUC